UCUUUCUUGGGGGGGGGGAACCGUGCGCGCGCCACCAGGUUCCAGAUGUGGAGGCAGGCAGUAGCGCGCGGCGCGGCUACGAGCCCGUCGCUGGCUGCAAGGUCUGGACCGAGCGGGAACGAAGCCUGGCGAACUGGAAGAGGGCGCCGGCAGGAGGAGGAGGAGGAGGAAGAGGAGGCGACGGCAAGACGGCAAUGCUGUUGCUGCUGCUGCUGCUGAGGAUGAGGGCAAACGGGAGUCCCCGGGCUGCUGCUCCAAGGAAAUGCGGCAGCCGGGCUCGCGCCGCCGCCGCCGCUGCUGAAACGCCAAGCACCGGCCCCAGGUAAGGUUGCUGUCUGUAACGCUCAGCUCAGUCCAAGGACUAUGCCCACGUGCUUCUGCCUCUUUCAACCAUGGAGAGUCCCAUGUUUGACACCAUCCUGGAGACAACAGACGGGGUAACCCCUGACCCCAGUUGGUCCCUGCCCUAUCCACUGGGCUUCCAGGUGUCCUUGACUGGCUUCCUAAUGCUGGAAAUUGUUCUAGGGGUCAGCAGCAACCUCACAGUAUUGGUUCUCUACUGCCUGCAAGCUGGCCUGGUUGACUCAGUCAGCAACAUGGUGACCAUGAACUUGCAUGUACUAGAUGUGCUCAUCUGUGUGGUGUGUGCACCUCUCACCAUAGUGGUCAUAUUGGUGCCACCCGAUCGUGCUGCCACCCUCUUCUGCUGCUUCCACGAGGCCUGUAUCACCUUCAGCAGCGUGGCAACAGCCACCAACGUCCUGGUGAUCAGCUUGGACCGUUACGACAUUUCUGUUCGCCCUGCACAGCGUGUGCUCACUCCAGCCCGUGCAAUUCUACUCCUGGCUGGGGUCUGGGUGCUAUCCCUGACUGUAUUUUUUAUACCGUUCCUUGAGGGGGAGUUUGGACACGCCAGCGUGUGGCAAAACCGUACUGUGCUGUGUGUUGGCCCGGAAGAGUUCCAUGCUGAGCUCGGCACCUCCUAUCACCUUGCCAUUCAGAUCCCCACUUUCUUUGCAGCCGUGGCAGUCAUGCUGGUGACCUACGCCAAGAUCCUGCAAGCUCUCAAUAUCAGCAUUGGCAGCACUUUUAAGCGCAGCCAGCGUCGCAAGACAAAAAAGAGGAAGCGGCGGAAAGCAGUAGAGCUGAGUAGCAGCAGCAGCAUGAUCAGUGCUGGAGAAGCCAAGAGGCUGUCCCAGCCAAUGCCCACACUCCAAGCUCCACCUCCAAUGGGUGUUCAGGCUUCUGUCUCCGUGAUCAUCGCACUGCGUCGGGCGGUGAAGCGCCACCGUGACCGGAGGGAGCGCCAGAGGCGUGUUUUCCGCAUGUCACUGCUAAUCAUCUCAACGUUCCUGUUGUGCUGGGCACCUCUCUCCAUUGUCAACCUGCUCAUUCUGUGCCUCGGGCCUAGCCCCUUGCUGGGCAAGCUGCGCAUCUGCUUCCUGGCCAUGGCCUAUGGUACAACCAUCUUCCACCCACUCCUUUAUGCCUUUACCCGCCAGAAACUGCGCAACGUACUCCGCAGCAAACUGAAGAAACGAGUGGUGUCAGCGCUGCAAGUCGAUCCUGCACCUGGUGGCACAAUCAUCCACAACUCCUGGGUGGAGCCACCACGGAAAGGCUGCAAGGGGCGGCCACGGGGUAGUGAUGGGGCUGAGCACUGCUUGACGGAGGCCACAAAAGAGUAAGGGGUAGGGGGUGAAUUUCAGACCAGGUGCCAAGAAGGCUGGGAUGGGUUGUAGCAAUCCACUGCAUAGCUAAUCUGGUGAGUGCCAAACACUGAAACCAAUGAAGAAUGAGAGGCAGAUACAGAGCCCUUAUUAAAAUCACCAGAAACUACAGCUUGGUGCUAACCCUCUGACCAAAGUGCAAAGUGGAGGUGAGCAGUAUGGCAGCGAGCAGAAAGAGGCAACCAUCAAAAUCUUGUAGAAAUAACCAUUUCCAUCUGGGGGCUGAUACUGACUCCUGACAAAGCCUUCACUUAGCCAAUGGCAAAAACCCCUACCUAUCUGAGGUAAAAUAGGAAGGCUUAAACCUUCUCUUGACAUUGGCCUGUUGGCUGCACUAAGACCACUAGAAUUAGGACAAAUUAUUUAAUUACUUAAUGCCAAGAGUUGUAACAAGCAGACGAGUGCUUACAGUGUUGGGAAAGGCAUUAAGUUUAGUCAACACUAAAUGUGUCAGCACUCCAGAAGACCAGUUUAGCUCAUUGCAAAUGCUGAGUAACUCUAGGGUGGCUAAAAUAAGCUCUCCAUCUUAGAGAAGGCCAAGGAAAUGUGUUAGAAAGGCAGGUUUGGAAAGGCUGGGAUAGCAUAACUUUUUUUAGAGAUCUUGCCUUACAGGUAAUCUUUAGCUUACAACCAGUUGUUUAGCAACUGGUUACAAUUACAACAGAUUCCCCAAAAAGGUACCUAAGACCCAGUUUCCAAGUUCUGCUAUCCCCUGGUCACAUGUCCGCAUUUUGGACAUCAGCAACUGGUCCAACAUUUAUGACUGUUUGCUCACAGUCAUGUGACUACAAUUUAUGACAUUUUUGUCACAAACUCAAAUUUACUUCCAAGUUUCCAGCAAAAAGCAUUCCAUAGUGAAUAAUGGGUUCACAUAAUGAUUGCCGUGUUCGCUUAAUGACUGUCACUAAAAAAAGAUCAUAAUAUUGGAUCCGGUCCAGUGAUUUUACAAUAUUUAGAACUCAGAUGAAUAAGAAGAGAAUUGGAUUACCAUGAGAACUUCCUCAGAGGAAAAAAGUAGCUUUUUUCAAAGGAGGCCCCCAUCCUUCAUUACCACAUUUUGUCUGGGCUUCCUCAAACAGUAGAUUUAGGCUGCAGCCAUAAGGAGUAAAUCUCACCCAGAACCUAGGUCUUUCUUUUGGGGAGACAUACCUAGGAUGGCACUGAUAGGCAUUUUUUUCCAAAACCUCAGCCUUGCCAGGGAGCCCAAAUGAUGAGUACCCUCACAGCUACUUCAUGAAGAUAGCCUACUGGGGUAGAAGUACGAAAAGAAAAGAGUAGUCUGAAUAGGUAACAGAAAUGCUUCAGUAAUAAGUAAUAAUAAGGUCACCCAGUUGACAAUUCUGUUCUUUCAAGGUCAUCCUUCAGAAGAGCUCUGAGAACCUCUUUCAAGAACCAGUGAUAGUAGAAACAAGGGUUUCCUGUCAUGAUGGGUCAAUGGGUGCUUAGGACAGUUCUUUUGGUGGUUGGAUGCUACGAGUUCGCCUUGGAUUGGGCGAACCGGUGGUGGUGGCAGGAGGCCCCACCCACCCGCCUAGACGCUUCUGCACAUGUGCGAACCAGUAGCAAAUUAAACUGAAACCCACUACUGGUUUGAGCUUAAUAUUCUCUAGAUGAGUCUUCCUUUCCUUUGGCAUCCUUCAGGUAAAAAAUAUUCAGAGCUGUCAUUCUACCAUAUCUGAAAAGCACUGUAGACUAUAGCAAUCUUUCACAUAGACAUACAUAUAUUCAUUCACUAGAAGUCCGUCUCCUUAGGCAUACCAGAUAGAUGCAUCUGACAAAGAUUAUGUCAGAAAUGAUUAUUCAGUGAAAAUGUUUAUAAGCCGCUUUUCAGGGCAAAGCUUCACAAUGUGACAUAUCCAGUGGAAAGUUGGAAGAUUCUCUGUCCGUGUUUUUCAAGUACGGCUGGCUGCAGGAUUCUGGGAGUUGAAGUCCACCCAUCUUAAAGCUGCCAAGUUUGAAAAACACUGUUUUAUGUGAUACUUCAGGGAAGUGUGCUGUUACUAAAGGAAAUGGUUGUGAAUGAUAGAAACUACAUCCGGGGUUAUGAACGGGUUGCUGGAGAAGCUAACAGAAACCAGGUAGAAGGAACUCUGUAAUUGGAUUUGCUGAGAAGGCCCUACCUCACACGAUUCAGUGGACUAGCAUUAAACCUAGUAACGAACUGAUAGCCAGUUGUUCUGGUCCCAACGUGGCAAGAGAUUUCAAAAUUAUCUCCACAAGCAGCCCCACAUAAAGCAAAUUGAAGUAUUCCAUUUUGGAGACAACUUACUUAUGCAUCUGUACUUAUGCUGUCAAGAGUUUGAAGAUGAUGCACUGCUUGUCUCCCGUGUGUGUGUGUGUGUAGCUGUAAUUGUCAUAUUCUGGAAACUGAAGUCACAUGACUGUGGUUGAUAAAUAUUUGAAUUUGUCCAAACCAAAGGGAUUUCUGGAAAAAGAACCAGAUGCUGCCAUAUGAAUUAGUUGCUGCCACUUUGGAUAAAGUUGAAAUGUAUCGAUUUAUCCUGAUAGGGCAUAAUCAGUUUGGUGGUCAUGGAUUGUUUUAACAAUUGCUCAGGGAUAGUGGCCCAGGAAGAAAGCAGCAGAAACAAUUAUCAAGCCCUCUCACCUCUCUACGUUUCUGCUAUAUUCCAUUGAUAGAUGAAAUCCUCUCUGAGCUCCCUUUGUGUACAAGCGGGCCAAGCAUGGUGGAUGACCUCAUUUAUUCCUUUCCACCAGAGAAAAAUAAAUCCUUGAAUCUUUCAGAGGUGAUGCAAAGCUUUUCAAAGUCUGACGAUUUAGCUUGAUGCCUUUUCAUUUUAUAGGCUUCUGUUUUCCUCCCCUCUCUUAAAUCUUCACUGAAAGUAUCUUUGUGAAACAUUCGUAAAAUACAGAUUUUUUUUUUGUUUUUACAGUGUAUAUAGUAAUUUUAUUAAAAAUGACAGUUUGCAAUAAAAACUAACAGAAGCUGAAAAUAUGAAAGAAUACAAAGAAACAAUAGAAGGUGCAGAAGAGUGGGGGAAGAAAAAUAGAAAAGAAAAAUAAGAAUAUAGUAAAGAAAGUAAUAUAUAAAGAAGUGACUUUCCUCUUCAUGAAAAUAUAAAAUUAACAAUUUUAGUAAAUUAUCACCUUUUAAAAUACAACAAAUGAUUUCUUCCUCCCAUAUACUAUAGAAUAGAAUAACAGGAAGGAACCUUGGAGGUCUUCUAGUCCAACCCCCUGCUUAAGGCAGGAAACCCUAUACGGUUUCAGACAAAUGGUUAUCCAACAUCUUCUUAAAAACUUCCAGUGUUGGAGCAUUCACAACUUCUGGAGACAAGUUGUUCCACUUAUUAAUUGUUCUACCUGUCAGGAAAUUUCUCCUUAGUUCUAAGUUGCUUCUUUCCUUGAUUAGUUUCCACCCAUUGCUUCUUGUUCUACCCUCAGGUGCUUUGGAGAACAGCCUGACUCCCUCUUCUUUGUGGCAACCCCUGAGAUAUUGGAACUGCUAUCAUGUCUCCCCUAGUCCUUCUUUUCAUAACACUAGACAAAUCCAGUUCCAGCAGCCGUUCUUCAUAUGUUUUAGUUUCCAGUCCCCUAAUCAUCUUUGUUGCUCUAUUCUCUGAACUCUUUCUAGAGUCUCCACAUCUUUUUUACAUUGUGGCGACCAAAACUGAAAGCAAUAUUCCAAGUGUGGUCUUACCAAGGCAUUAUAAAGUGGUAGUAACACUUCACGUGAUCUUGAUUCUAUCCCUCUGUUUAUGCAGCGCAGACCUAUGUUGGCUUUUUUGGCAGCUGCACCAUAAUGCUGGCUCAUAUUUAAGUGAUUGUCCGAUAGGGCUUCAAGAUCCCUCUCACAAUCAUCACUAUUGAGCAAGGUAUCACAUAUACGGUGCAUUUUGUUUUUCUUGCCUAAAUGUAGAACCUUAUUUUUUUCACGAUUGAAUUUCAUUUUGUUAGAUAGCGCCCAAUGUUCAAGUCUGUCAAGAUCCUUCUGUAUUUUAAGCCUGAUUCUGGAGUGUUGGCUAUUUCUGCUAGCUUGGUGUCGUCUGCAAAUUUUAUGAGUUCCCCAUCUAUUCCCUCAUCCAAGUCAUUGAUGAAGAUAUUGAAGAGUACUGGGCCUAAAACGGAGCCCUGGAGUACCCCACUGCAUACCUCCCUCCAUGUAGAUGCAGUUCCAUUGAGGACUACACGUUGAGUGUGUUUGGUCAGUCAGUUAUGAAUCCAUCUGGUGGUGUUGCUGUCUUAUCCACAUUUAUCAAGUAGUAUGUUAUGGUCUACUUUGUCAAAUGCCUUACUGAAGUCCCAAGUAAAUUAUAUCAACAGAAUUCCUCUGGUCCACUAGUUUUAUCACUUUGUCAAAGAAUGCAAUAAGAUUAGUCCAGCAUGAUCUGUUUUUGACAAACCGAUGUUCGCUUUUGGUAAUUACUUUUGUUUGCUUCUAGGUGUUUGCUGAUACGUUGCUUGAUUAUCUUUUCCAGAAUCUUCCCUGGUAUUGAGGUCAGGCUGAUGGAUCUGUAGUUUCCUGGAUCUAUAUCCCAUCUCUUAUUUAUAAACAAAUACAAUCUUCAUUGUUUCAGUGCUGAUAUCAGCAGAAGUCUAUUAAGGGGUUACCAGAGAUGACAACAUAUAUAUUUUAACUUUGCUUAAAUAAACCCAUUUUAUAUUUCUUCCUUUUAGUUCUAACAAUCUUGGUCCUUCAAAUUGAUGUCCUAGAAAUUGCUUGUGAGACAUUUCACACCUCAUUAGGUGGGCUCUUCCUUCUUCUUAACCACCUGGUUUUGAGUCUGUGCAGAUUAUUAGUCCAUGUUGCUUUGGACUGCUCAUUGUGAAGUUUCAAAUAGAGAGGUUUGCAAAGGUUUCUUGCUUAAAGAAAGAAAGUGGGAACUGAUGUUGUAAUUUGGAGCUAUGUGCUUUCUUCAUCUGAGUGACUGUGCUUGUAUUCCAAUCCUUCGAGGCUUUUGACUGGCAUUUGGAUUCAGCCUAUAACAAAGGCAGAUGUCAGUCAGUUACUCAGUUCUCUAAGGCCGGGAUGGGUCCCCAGAGCCCCCAGAUAGAUACAUCAUCUCUAAAGCUUUGGGUGAAGAGAUGAGGUCUCAGAGACCUUUGAAAGGGGAAGUGUGUGUGAGUGCAUUCUUGAGUUAGUUUUGACUCCUGGCAACUGCUUGGACAAAUACAAGCAGUUUUAUUAGCAAUAUAUUUGGAAAUGUUUAUCCUUGCCUUCUUCUUAGAGCUAAGAGCAAGUAACCGGCCCAAGGUCACCCAGCUGACUUUGCCUCUUAAGGCAGGACUAGAAUUCCUGGUCUCCUGGUUUCUAUCCUGAUGCCUUCACCACUUUGACAACCAGUUAUGAGCACAACUGCAAGCAGAAUUAACUGCUCCUGCAGCUCUGAUCAUCAUCUGAGCCAGAGUCAAAUUCCCAUGCUCAAUUCAUCCCUGGAAGUGCAGAGAUGGGGAUGGGAAGGAGAAGGAAAUGAUAAGCAGAGCCCUGCUGGGGUCAAACCAAAGUCUGUUUCUCACCGUGGCCAGCAGGUCUUUCUGAAGCCCAAAGGGCAACAAUAACUCUUCUAUGUUUAGCAACAGGUAUCCAGAGGUGUCUUGCUGUCUCUUUGAUGAACAGUCAUCAGAGCUCAUAGCCACCAACAGUUGAAUUACAUCUCCUAAAGCUCUCUACAUUAGCCAUCUCUACAGCGGGAGGCAACAAAUCCCACACUUUCAUUAACUUAGGUGUAAAGCUAUUUUUCCAAUGGCCUGAAUCAUCCACCAUUCAUCUUUGUGGGGUAAAGUAGUAGUAUGAUGAUAAUUACCCUGUUAUUCAUCUUCUCCAUACUACAUGUUCCCUCCCUUCUUAUUUGCCUUUUAAAAACUAUCUGGAGCAGGGGUCCCCAUCCUCCAGCCUACUACUGAGCCGUGAGCCGUUCAGAACCAGGCCACGGAAGCGGUGGGCAAGUUUGCCCAUCCCCACUUGCAAGAGCAGUGGAUGAGUGCCUCCAUGUGUGCUCCAUUUGUGUGAGCAGCGGGUGAGUGUGUAUGCACUCCAUUUGCAUGAGCAACAGGCAAGCAUGCCCGCUGCUUGUACAAAUGGAGCUGCACGCAAUUGCCAACCACUCGUGUGGAACAAUCCUCUUCCCUCCCCAGCCCCCACCGGACCACAAAAAGGUUCGGGAACUCUGAGCUAGACACUGUAGGGGAGAUACUGUUUUUGAAGUGCAGUGAGCAGAACUCUGAGAGUGGUCCCACCAGAGGUCAUAUUCAGCAGGUUCUGACCAGUUCUGGAGAACCGGUAGAGGAAAUUUUGAGUAGUUUGGAAAACCGGUAAAUACUACCUCUGACUGGCCCCACUCCCAUUUAUUUUCUGCCUCUCGAGUCCCAGCUGAUCAGGAGGAAAUGGGGAUUUUGCAGUCACCUUCCCCUAGAUUGGGGAGGGAAUGGAGAUUUUACAGUAUCCUUCCCCUGCCAUGCCCACCAAGCCACGCCCACAGAACUGAUAGUAAAAAAAAUUUGGAUCCCACCAUAGACUAGGAGUAAGGACCCAGCUAUGUUGUAGGUGGCACAGAAUGCUUUCCGCUGCAUCCUGUUGUCUCAAUUUUCAUCAGAUGAGGAGAUGAAUGAGAGAGAAGCUUCUCGGUCUCAGGUAUUCAUCAUUUAGGGAAGGUAGACGCUGCAGGCCAAAAGAUUCUUAGGACUUGGCAAGGAAGGAAGUAGAACUUCAUUUGACUAGGAAACGGGUAAAGAGACAGAACUGGUGGAACAGGAAUAAGGGGACACCAUUUUGCUCUGAUGAACUGGUAGUCCUUGAUUUAUGACCGGUUGGUCAGCAAAAGUUAAAAAUUACAAUGGAAACCCCCCGCCCCAAAAAAAUGGUAUUUAUGAGCCAGAUAUGAAUUUCUAACGGCUGGGACCCCUGCAGAUACAUGAUUGUGUUUUUGAUGCUCGGCAACCAGAUCGCAUUUAUUGCCAUUUGCAGCAGCAUCAAUAUUUUAUGACACUUUUGCCGGAAACAGGCAUUUUCUUCCAGUUUCCGGCAAAAAAAGUUCCAUUGUGGUCAAUGUGUUCACAACCCUGUUUGCUUAAUAACCAUUGCAAAUAAAUAAAUAAAAUUGGCCAUAUCAUACGAUGACCCACUUAAUGACCAGCACAGUGUAAUUCCACGUUCAAUCACAAGUCAUAAGUCGAGGACUACCUGUUAUGGAGUCAAGGAAGAUGGCUGAGACGAGCUGCCUCCCAGGGUUUCUGUGGUCAUUGGGAAGAGAGUUACGUGCUUGUCAUCGUCUCUUGGUUACGUAGUCCAACUCCCUCCUUUUACAGCAUUGGCAGCAUGUGGAAUGAACACAUAGAGUUUGCUUUUUGGAUGAAAGCAGCAAUGAGGAGCAACAAUUGACAUUCCCAGAGGGGUGAUUUUGGAAACAGAAUUCAUCACAAGGCCCUGCUCUGAAUAAGAUGUGCAAAUACUAAUGGCUGACAGUCACCUUCAAGGGUCUGGCUCUGCAUUUCCUUCUCUUGGUUUUCUCUUUUCUCUUCCAUCCGACUCAGUCUGGACAAUUCUUCCAGCAGAGGAUGCUAGAAGACAAUCCUCUGCAAACUGGGACAUGUGGGCACUUUUUCCCCUGGACAGGUCCAAGCGUUUUUUUCCCCCUUGUAAAUACCUCC